AUGGCUUUGAGUCAUUCCCCAAAACGGGUUAAACCCCUACUUGAGAAUUGUCUCGAGGCUGUCCGGAGACGCGACUAUACUCUCGCCCUGACUGCUGUAAAUGAUGCUCUCAAGGUCUCCGACAUCGACAAGAGUAUGUCUCUCAUCCAAAUUCUCGAACACCGUGUCGCGGUGUAUCUACGCUUAGAUCGUCUGGACCAGGCUCUGAAAGACGCAAAAGCUAUGAUCCGACUUGACCCUAAAGACGCCAGAGGCUAUAUCCGAGCUGGGGUCAUCGAACGGCGCAAGAACAACAAAAUCGCCGCAAUGAGAUUUCUUGAAUAUGGCUUGAAGAAAGUCCCUGAUUCAGAUGCGAACCACGGGUUGCUCGUCAAAGAAAUGAAGGAAACAGCCGACCAGAUGAGGACCGAAAUCGUGCUCUCCCAAGCCAAAGAUCCCCUUGUUGUCCUGCCGCUUGAGGUCAUCGAAAUCAUUCUUUCAUUUCUCGACUACCGGUCAAAUAUACGUUUGCUCCGUGUCUCCAAGUCAUGGAACAAAACCGUUAGCAGCUCGCACCCGUUGGUCGACACUCUGGCCUUUCCUAACACUACAAAGCAAAUCACCCCGAAGUCGCUUAUCACUGCUCUUAAAAGGUGUCGAACUCUCAGAACAGUCAAAGUAUCCCGACUUCCAGGCCCCACGGCGGAAUACCUUGCCCAGACUCUGUCACAUUGGGAGAGAUUUCCAGCGCUCCAGUAUUUCGAAUGGCGAGAUGCAAAGUUCUACCCAUGCUUGUUGCCCAUGACCCAAUAUGAUCUGAGGGUUAUUAUUGUUGGAUGCGGCAACAUACCGACCCCUAUUGAAUGGAUCCGCACUGUUCUACAAAGUUGCAGAUCGCUAGAGAUUGCCAAAUUCCAAAAUGUGCGUGGGCGGUUCGCUGCGGAUGCGUCUCUGAACAGCAGCAGUCUCCGAGAAUUGGAGCUCCAUUCUACUAACUGCACUUACUUGGCUUAUGACCGCAUUUCUCUCGAGUUCCCCCAGCUGAAGGUUCUGUCCUGUAAGGGCAUCUCCUAUGAAAGUACGCCUACAUCGAGUGGUACUCUAGACCUGAGUCAUAUGACGAAACUCCGAAGUCUCGAUAUUCUUGGAUCUCGUUUGCUCAGAGUUAUCCUACCCGCAUCGCUUAGGCAAUUGAGUCUCGUUUCGUGCGUUUUCCUGGCCCAACAUAUGGAUUGUGCACUUUGUCCUGCAUUGAACGAGCUCCAGGAACUUCGAGUCCUUAACUGUGACUACUUCCCCUUAUUCGUCUUGUCCUCUGUGCAGAAGACGUCACCGGGGAAAUUGUCAAAAUGUUCAGUGACAGUCAACGAGGAUGUCGCUCAGCAGGUGGUCAACAUGAUGAGCAUGCCUUGGUUUCAGAGUCUAAAAUACCUUCGUAUUGUCAAUGCCAACUUUAUCAGCGCGGACGCCUUUGCAUAUAUCAAGAACUGUUCGGCUCUAGAAGAACUUUGUUUCGAACAAGCUGGAGCCAUUGGGGUAUUUGUGUCGGAUCUGAUCAGAGAGACUGGUCGACUACGUAAGGUUACACUUCUUCACUGUCCUAACGUGGCCAGGGACAUCAUUCCAUGGGCAAAAGAACGCGGUGUGGAGGUUGAAAUCCAUCAAGGCGACAUGCCCGCAGGCAAUGGGCGCCGUGUCGUCGAGUCUUAUUGA